CUUCAUCAGCUCACUCUCCACUAUCUAAAGAUAAACCCGUCACUAAAAACCACUCUCAAAUUUGCUACAGCCAAUUAGCUAUGGAGGGCAAGGAGGAAGAUGUCAGAUUGGGAGCUAACAAGUACAGGGAAACACAGCCUAUUGGAACCGCCGCUCAAAGCUUAGACGACAAAGAUUACACUGAGCCACCACCGGCGCCGUUGUUCGAGCCCGGCGAGUUGACUUCAUGGUCGUUUUACAGAGCUGGAAUUGCAGAGUUCAUCGCCACUUUCUUGUUCUUAUAUGUCUCCGUUUUGACCGUUAUGGGCGUCGUUAAAUCUCCCAGUAAGUGUUCUACCGUCGGUAUUCAAGGAAUUGCUUGGGCUUUUGGCGGCAUGAUUUUCGCUCUUGUUUACUGUACCGCUGGAAUUUCAGGAGGACACAUAAACCCAGCGGUGACUUUUGGGCUAUUUUUGGCGAGAAAAUUGUCAUUGACAAGGGCUUUGUACUACAUGGUGAUGCAGUGCCUUGGAGCCAUAUGUGGUGCUGGUGUAGUGAAAGGGUUUAUGGGUCGUCACCAAUAUACUUUAUUAGGUGGCGGUGCUAACAGUGUGGCCGCUGGUUAUACCAAGGGCGACGGGCUUGGUGCUGAGAUUGUUGGAACUUUUGUUCUUGUUUACACCGUCUUUUCUGCUACUGAUGCCAAACGUAGCGCCAGAGACUCCCAUGUUCCUAUUUUGGCACCAUUGCCAAUUGGAUUCGCCGUUUUCUUGGUGCACUUGGCCACCAUUCCGAUCACCGGAACCGGCAUCAACCCGGCUCGUAGUCUCGGUGCAGCCAUCAUCUUCAACGAGGACAGAGGCUGGGAUGAUCACUGGAUUUUCUGGGUUGGUCCAUUCAUUGGAGCAGCACUUGCAGCUGUAUACCACACAGUUGUGAUCAGAGCCAUUCCUUUCAAGAAAUGAAAAUGAUGAUGCAUGUAUAAUGAUUUGUGAUCGUUCGAUCAAGAUUAAGUUUGUUUGCUUCUGCUUUAUGUAAUGUGCACCUGUAUCAUAUGAUCAAAUGUAUUAAUAAGCUCUUAUUUUUAUCUUCA